AUGACGAAGCUACUACCCCCACCGUCGAAACGACAGCGACGGGAAGUUCUGGAGCGCACUCAAGUUCAGCAAGACGUUACACCUGCGGUUGUUGAAGCUGGUUCUUUCAAAGCGCGAUUCAUAGAUAACGACGGAAAUCAAUUGGCCGAUACAAUAGAAGUGCCCUUAGCCGAUGCGACAGAGAAAAAUGUGUCUCUACUACUUAACACAUUACUAGGAAGGGAAAGAGAAGAAUUCACACCUUAUCGUUUUCGUAUACAUAUACCGAGCUCCGAUACAAUAAUCGAUACAUACCCCACGCCUGCCGAGUUCCUAGCCGUCCUUCGUAAACAUGGCAUCGAGAAUCCCUUCGAAACCACAAUCACAUUGGCUGCUGAGCCGCAAGCGGUAUUCAAAGUACAAGCGGUAACACGCAUGUCAAAUAGAAUACCUGGGCAUGGCGAAGCUAUCCUAGCAGCUCAAUUCUCUCCCAAGACGAGUGGUCUCUUGGCUACUGGGUCGGGUGACAACACAGCUAGAAUAUGGAACACGGACAGCGGCACGCCGAAGUAUACUCUGAAAGGUCAUUCAGGUUGGGUCUUGGCGCUAGCAUGGCGACCCGAUGGCCUAAACUUAGCGACUGGUAGUAUGGAUAAGACGGUACGAAUAUGGGACGAAUCCGGCCAAUCCGUUGGGAGGCCAUUCAAUGGCCAUUCUAAAUGGAUCACAAGUAUUGCGUGGCAACCAUUUCACCUAUGGCGUGACGAGACGCCGAGAUUGGCGAGCGCCAGCAAGGACGCAACGAUACGAAUAUGGAUCGCGAAUACUGGCGUAACUGAGCAUGUUCUAUCAGGACAUAAAGGUAGUGUGAGCUGCGUGAGAUGGGGUGGAACAGAUCUCAUUUACAGUGCUAGCCAAGACAAGACCGUCAAGGUAUGGAAUGCCGCAGAUGGGACCCUGAAACAUACAUUAGCAUCACAUGCUCAUUGGGUAAAUCAUCUUGCGCUAUCUACCGACUUUGUACUCCGGACAGCAUUCUACGACCAUACGAAGAACGUGCCGACCCCUUUGGAAGAGAAGCGAGCAAAGGCAAAAGAGCGGUUUGAAAAGGCGGCCAAACAACAAGGCAAAAUAGCUGAACGAGUUAUUUCAGCUAGUGACGAUUUCACGAUGUAUCUUUGGGACCCUGCGCAAGGAACAAAACCCUUAGCGCGACUACUGGGGCAUCAGAAACAAGUAAACCACGUGUCGUUCUCCCCAGACGGCAACCUGAUUGCUAGUGCUGGUUGGGAUAACCACAUCAAGAUAUGGACCCGGGAUGGGAAGUUUCUGACAACGUUACGGGGUCAUGUUGCACCAGUAUACCAAUGUGCCUUCUCAGCUGACUCGCGACUUCUUUGCUCUGGAUCGAAGGAUACUACUCUGAAGGUAUGGGACAUGCGAUCUUUCAAGUUAUCGGUUGAUUUACCCGGUCAUGAAGAUGAGGUAUAUGCAUUAGAUUGGUCCGUGGACGGCCGGCUUGUUGGAUCCGGGGGAAAAGACAAGGCCGUCCGGCUCUGGCGCAAUUGA